AUGCCAUUCUUCGGAGGAGGCCGCCGUGAACCCUCUCCCGAGCCAGUUCGAGAGCUGACCCCACCACCCACGGAGCCCCGCCGCACAGGCUUCUUCGGCUCCCGUCGAGAACCCUCCCCGGAACCGAUCCACCAUCAACCCGUCGCCGAGCCCGCGCCCCGCAAGCACGGCCUCUUCGGCUCCUCCCGCCGGGACCCUUCUCCCACGCCGACAGCCCGCACGUCCCGCACAUCCGCAACCUCUCAGUCCUCUCUCUCUUCGACAACAUACCACACCUCCCCCGAUGGCCACCACACCGGCGGCGGCGGCCUGUUCCGCCGCUCCACCGAUGCGUCGUCCGGACGCAGGGGUGGUCUGCUUCACAAAUUUGGCGGGGGAGGGGUAGAGAUGGAUCCCAGCAUUGUCCAGGCGCGUGAGCGCGUCAUGGGCGCCGAGGCGGCUGAGAAGGAGGCUGACCGCGCCCUCAUGGCCGCGAGGGAGAGUGUUGCUGCUGCGAGGGCUGACGUGCGGAGGCUCGAGGAAGAGGCCAAGGAGGAGGCUAGACGGGCCAAGAUUAAGCAGUAUCACGCUCGUGAGGUUUCCAAGCGUGGCAAGGCUUUGGGCCGUCACGGAGAAUGA